GUAUGUAACUAACCCAAAAACCAAAUCCAUUUUUUUAGGUCCGUCAACAUAGUUAAAACCAUAAUACUAAUACCACUAACUGCUAAAAAAUGAGAAUGUAUUUAAACUAUUUUUCUUUAGGAGCAUAAUUGAUUAAAUCUCACCAAUCAAAGGUUAAUAAUAAAAAAACACUCAAAGAGAUUCAUUUUAUUAAGUUAAAGGCUAAUCUGGAUCUACAGUCUGUCUUCUCUCUAAUAAAACAUUCCCAAGUAGAUUUUUAGAUAGUUUAUAUACAUCCUUAAAUUAUACUUAAGAAAGUAAUGUUGAAAAAAAGAAUGCUACUUUGCCUAAAGGGUUAAAGAAUAAUAUUGAAACACUCAAAGAUCAUUUCAAAUUUGUUAAUGAUUAUUUAGAUGAUUUUAAAUAACAAUUUGAUAAAGUGAUACAAGCUUAAAUUGAUUAAGUUAUUUAAGUUUUGAAAUCUGCUUCAUAGUUAUCAAAUGUUUUAGUAGAAGAAAAUACUUAAAUUAAAAAUCAAUUAAGUAAUGUAGAUAUAGAUAAACUAUAAUCACAUUUAGAAUAAUAAGAAUAGAAGAUUUCUCAAAUUAACAGUGAAAAUCAACAAUUAAAAUGUUUAAUAAAUAAAUUAUAAGAGGAAAAUAAAAAAUUGAAAGAUGGAGUAUUUAAUUAGGAUAAAAUGUAAUAAGAUCCAAUCAUAAAAAAUGAGAAAGAGAAUCUAAUUUCGAAUAAUAAUAAAAAUAAAUAUACUUAAAGAGAAUUAAGUUAUAAAUUUGAAUAAGCAGAAAUUAAAUUAUUAACACUUUAAAUAAGCAAUGAUUAAUUAAGAUAAUAAUUAUAACAUUAUUAAUUAGAUUAAUAAACUAUUUCAUAAAUGAAAGAAACAAUAACAACUUUAGAACUUAAAUCUUAAAGUUUAUUAAAUCAGAAAGAUGCAUUACAAUAAGAAAAUGAUCUUUUAAAUUAAAAAAUAGAAAAUUUAGAAAAAUAAUAUAAAGAUAAAUAAAAAACAUAAGAAUAUUUGAUAUAUCAAAAUUAGUUAGAAAAUGAAUUAAUAAAAUUUAAAUAAGAAUAAGCUCAAAGUCAUUAGACUAUAAUUUCUUUAAAUAAUACUAUUUAAUAGUUAAAGGAAUAAAUGAAUAUAUUAAGAACUUAAAAAGAAUAAGUUGAAGUAAUAUUAUAUAAUAUUUUAGAAUUCAUAUAAAUAAGAGUUAUUAUAAAAAUAAAAUGAAUUAUAAUAAGCAAGUGCUAGAUAUUAAGUAAUAUGGCAAGAAAUAUCUGAAAUGAAAGAUAGAUUAGAAUAAAGGAAAAUUGAAGAAGAUAGCCAUUAUAUGUUAUCUAAUGCAGAAAAAGUAUUAUUUGAAACUUAAAUUUAAAAUUUAAAUGACAAAAUUAAGGAAUAUGAAUAAAUCUUACUACAUAAUGAUUAAAAAAUAAAGUUUAAACAUUUAAUAAUUCAUUUUUAGGUAAUUAGAAUUAUAACUAAAUUAAAUUUAAUAAGAGAAGGAGAAUUAUAGAUAAUAAUUAGAAAAGAAUGGAUGUUAAAGUAGUAAAACAUUAGAUUUAUAAGAAUUAUAGUGGAAGAUUAAUUAAUUAAGUAUUAUAAUAUAAUAGAUGAUAGAUUAAAUUAUUAAUAAAAAAGAUAAGGAAUUGUCAAAGAAAUCAGAGGAAUUAACUUAGAUUAAAUAAGGAUAUGAUACAUAAAUGAAGAAGAAUUAAAAUUUAGAAGGAAAGAUUCUUUAAUUAAUGGAAUAAGAGAUUAAGAUCAAUAAUAAUUAUAUUAUAAAAUAAUGA